UAAGUUACAAUUUUCGGUCACACGAUUUUCUCGCUUUUGCCCGGGGGUGGGGGGAAUUACUCACCGCGCACAGCAAGGUCCCGCUUCUCUCCACCUCGAUUUCUCUAGGGUUUUCCUCUCCCAUUCGAGCCGGCUUCGUCCCCUUCCUCUUCGUCGCCAUCCACCGCCGAAGAAGACCAUCUCCGACUUCCUGUGACUCGCCAUCCACCGUCAUCCAUCUUCGACUUGGGCUUCGUCGCUCCGCAGAAGACCAUCUCCGAUUUCGAGUUUCAGACCACCAGCGCAUCUUCAUCUUCUUCCACGUGAGCGAUCUUGGUCUUCGACCAUCGAUCUGGAGUCUUCGUCCAUCGGAAGCGAUCUUGUUCUCUGUUUCAGCGAGCGAUCUUCGCGUUCACCAUCUCCGCCGAAGUCGACCUCCGAUUCCGACUUGCAGACCGCCGUUCAUCCUCGUCGCCAUCUUCGUACACGGAAACAGAAGGUGUCACCAAUUUGAAAGUUCAAGUUGCAGAGAGCAUUGCAACUGUUGAGUUAAAGGAUGCUAUAGGGGCAAGAGAUGGUACACAUAUUGCUACGAAUGUCCCCUUAGAAGAACAAGCUAGGUAUUGCAAUAGAAAGCAAAUGAUUUCUCAAAAUGUUUUAGUAGCUUGCACAUUUUAUAUGAAAUUUACAUAUGUGCUUGCCGGUUGGGAGGGAUCGGCACAUGACGGUUGAUUGCUAAGGAGUGUAGUAUUACGGCAAGGACAUAAGCUGACAGUUCCUUUGGGUAAAUAUUAUCUCUGUGAUGCUGGCUUCCCAUUGGUUACGGGAUUUCUUGCACCUUACUGUAAGACUCGUUAUCAUCGUAGAGACAUUGAGAGUCGACAUCCUGAAAGUAGCAAGGAGUUGUUCAAUUUUCGACAUUCAUCUCUAUGUAAUGUUGUUGAGAGGAUGAUUGGUUUGCUUGAGAAAAGAUUUGCAUAUUUGAGGCAUCAACCCUACCACGACAUUGAAACACAAGCAAAGAUAGUCCUUGCUUGUUGUGCCGUCCACAGCUUCUUAAGGAAUGAUGAUAUAGAAGAUGUUUGUAGUGAGGACGUAGAUACUAGCGAUGAUGAGGUUAACCCUGCACAUGUCGAGGUUACAUGGUUAUAAACUUACAUUUAUGGUUGAUAACGAGGAUAUAUAAAGAGCGUCCCUCAUGGAUGAGACUUCCUGUUUUGCAAGGAUUGGGGACAAUGGGGAGGUUUGUUUUUGUAUGGAACUUUGCCUUUAGCUUUGUGAAGAGCUGUUUCCUCAACUUGAGCCCGUGACUAGAAAUAUAUGCGAUCAAAUAUCACUUCAAUGGAGGUUGAGGAUUGGGAAUUUUCUUCAGGAGAAACGAGUGAUUCUGAGAUCUGUGUGCAAGACACUAAUGAUGAAGAACCUUACUAUACAUCUGGUGAUAUACCCAAGAUGCAGUUUAGGAAAAAUAUUUCAAUGGCCCGUUGGGAUAAGGACAUGGGAAUGGCUGAGGUUAUUGAGAAUAAGGGUGGAAUGUGGAUAACAACAGGAGUAGUUCGCCAAGGCAAAAUCUAUUGCUCAAUAGAAGAGACUUUGUUUUUGGCUGAAAGAGGGGAACUACAUCUCUUAGAUGCUGAUGAUUCAUCAGUUCAACUGGAAAAUAUAUAUGAGAAGGUUGCAGAGGGGAAGUUUGGCUGUUGUUGGGAGUCGUUUGAAGUCUAUAGGCACUUGAAAUCUCUGGGUUACAUUGUCAGUAGACACAGUAUCCCUUGGACUGUAAAGACCGUCAAGAAUAAUCAUACUUCUGCUGAAUGCAUCCCAGAGAUCAAGGUGAGGACAGAUGAGAAAUGUGGGGACCCAAAUCUUAUCAAUGCGCUGUUAAACAAGCUGAGAAUUACUGAUGUCAGACCAAUAUUUGAUGUUUACCCUCCUAACAGCAAAUUUAGGAAGUCUUCUCCUGGAAAUCCAAGUUUUGUCCUUUGUCUAACCAGUGUGAAUCCGCCAUCCAAACGAGAGAUUGAAGAACUGGAGAGACAAUAUAGGGACAUUCCUUUGAAGUUUUGUCAUAUUGAGCAUGGACGUGUCAGCGUCUUCAACUUUAACAGAGUGGAGCUCCUUGCCCUUCCCUGAUAUUCCUGUGGUGGUGUUUCAUGCAUAGGAGGUUGGGAAAAUAACAAAUAAUAGAAACAUCAUCCGUUUCCCUAGCUUUCUGGAGUUUAACGGCCGCUUAUGGUAUCAGUUGCUAUACUAUGGUGUAUUUUAAAAGUUGGAAUUUCAAGUGCACGCAGGUGACUAGUAAUUUGUCUACAAUUCAAAAUUGUAAUGUGCUCCAUUCAUAAAUUUUGAGUUAUCAGACUACAAUUUUCAGCACACUCAUUUAUCAUUGCUUAAAAUAUACCAAGUAGGCCCUGGCAUAGAGACCCAUAAACACCUUUAUUUUUGUAAUCCCAGGAAAUUUUGUUCUAGGCGUUGAGUAGAUAUAUCUUUGUUGUUGCUUCCUCUAUUCUAGGUGUCUAGUAAUAGGUGGUAGCAUCGGUAAGCUUAAGGUCUCGAGUUAGUCUCUGAUGAACCUCAAUUGCUCCCUCACUGUGUCUGGAAGUGGAAUCAUAAAUGUACUUGUCCCAAAAGAGAGAUUCUCUCUGCUUGAAACGAAACAGUUUUUUAUCUUA